GUAGAUAGAGAGGGGAGACAGGUAGAGAGAGAGGGGAGACAGAGAGGUGGGAGAGGUAGAGAGAGCGGAGAGAGAGAUAAAGAGAGAGGGGAGAUAGGGAGAUACAUGGAGAGGUAG